CGCAGCACCGGCGGUGUCGCAGCUUCCCCCAUGGCCUCGCUCCCGCGCCUCCUGCUGCCGCGCCAGCCCCUGCUGCGCCCAACGCGCCUCGCGCAAUCGCACCGCCUCCUGCUGCUCCCCGCAUCCGCCCGCCAUGUCUCCAACGCGCGCCAGCUCUCCGCCGAGUUCGAGCGCCGCCGCGCCGCUGCCGCAAGCACAAAACAACACGUCAUCCCCCAGCCCGACAAGUACCGCGCGCCGUCGCACGGCAAGACAAUCCGCCGCUCCGAUGCGGGCGUGGGCAAGGUGUACGGGCCCAAGCCGACCGAGGAGGAUCGCAAGCGCAUGGCGACGAAGAAGUACCCCAACAUGAUGAGUCCCGAGGGGACCUUUAGCCACUGGUUUCUGAACAACCGCGCGAUCCACACGUGGAUUACUAUGGGCAUCCUCGUCUCGCUCGCCGUAGCCGCAUGGUACAUGGACUUCAUGGCCAAGACCGUCUACGCGGAGCUCGUGCCCGACCGCCGCGAGUUUUUGCGCCACCCUGUGCAGAGCACGAAGCGCUUCGUCGAGGUCUACAAGAUGCAUAUGGCGCAGACGAGCCAGGUAUACUCGGAACAGCGCCUGAAGAAGGCCGAGGAUGUUGAGAAGCGGAAGCUGUACAGGCUGGAGAGGCAGCGGAUGGCCGAGGAGAUGGGCGAGGAGUAUGUGACGGACUCGAGGUACUACAUUGGCGAGGAUGGAGUAAGAAGGCGGAGGGUCAAGAGGUGGUUCGGUAUCUGGGAGUAGGUUGCCACCAUCUAGACAGUGCCUGUGGGUCAUGCAAGACAAAUGACAACAGAGAAACGCGGAGAGGAGGACCAUGUGUACGAUAGGCGAGGGGUGGAGGAGGAUGACCUGGCAUGGUGCGUGGGCGCUCAUCCUGGAAGCAAGAGAUCGACAAAUGGACAACUGGAGACUCUACAGUCGCAGUGUGUGUCAGAGGAACGCAAGCAGAUGAUAGAACCAGGCCACCUUCUGAAGCCCAAGGUUGCAAGUCAUGUACAGAAACAUGUAUACGUAUAUAUACCACCCAACAAGAACAGCACUUCUUCCAUCAA